AUGCCUUCUUUCACGGUAUUUAGAGGCUCAAAUGAUGGGCGCGUGCUUAAAAGCAUUACCACGAAGCCGGAUGUGCUUGAAGGCGACUCUGUCCUUAUCAGUGUUACAGCUUCCGGUGUCUGUGGCACAGAUUUACACUAUCGGAAGAGAGAUAUGGUGCUGGGACAUGAAGGCGUUGGCAUUGUGGUUGACCUCGGACCGGGUGUCAAGUACCUCAAGAAGGGUGAUCGAGUUGGCUGGGGAUAUGAAACUGACAGCUGCGGUCACUGCCUUGAAUGCUUAGACAAUGCAGAAAUAUACUGCAAAGAGCGUUCCAUUUACGGCGGUAGCAGGACCGUGGACCAGGGCAGCUUUGCAAGUCAUGCAAUUUGGCGAGAGGCAUUCUUACACCCUAUUCCGGAGACUCUAAGUGAUGAACAUGCAGCGCCGCUCCAAUGUGGUGGUGCAACUGUUUAUACUGCUCUGCAAGGAGUAAAGCCUACCGACACAGUUGGUAUUAUGGGUGUUGGAGGGCUUGGUCAUUUGGCCAUUCAGUUUGCUGCAAAGAUGGGAUGCCGUGUCGUUGUUCUCUCUGGGUCGGACAGGAAACAAGAAGAAGCUGCAGGACUGGGUGCACACAAGUUUCUCGUAUCGAAGGACCUUGACAGCCAAGUACGUGGUGAUAGCUGGCUGAUCAAUCGUUUGCUUGUGACCACAUCAGUUCAACCAGAGUGGGAGAAAGUUAUGCCUCUGAUGGCUCCAAGGUCCUGCAUAUAUCCGUUGUCCGCAUCAACGGGAAAUCUUUCCCUGCCUUACAUGGGUCUUUUGCUACACGGCGUCCGCGUGCAAGGCGCAUUGGUGGCAUCUCGUGGGGUACAUCGACAAAUGCUGCAGUUUGCAGCGUUUCACAAUGUAAAGCCCAUAAUCGAGAAAUUCCCAAUGAACGAGAAAGGGAUCACGGAAGCCAUGGACAGGCUAGAGAGCGGUCAGAUACACUUCAGGGCGGUUCUAGUGCCAAUGUAG